CUAAAAAUGAAAAUUUUUACUUGUGUAAUGUUUUAACGGGCGAUGUGGUAUAUACUUCUAUAGAAAAACGCCAAGAGGACUGGGAGCCUUUCUUUACUAGUGAUGAAAAGUUUUUUGGAAAGAUGUUCGCUAACGAAAUUUAUAUUUACAAGCUUAACGGAAUAAAUGAAGGUGUUUAUAAAAAGCUCAGAGUAGAAGGCCUUACUCACUGUUGCUGGUCUUCUGGUUCCAAUCCUUCUCUUUCUCUUUAUAUUCUGAAUAAACAAGGUAAACCUGAAGUAGUUCAGAUCCGAAAAUUUAAUAAUUUGGAGGUGAUAACGUCACAGACCACCUUUUUUGGUUCUAAAGAAGCAAAGCUACUUUGGAAUAAAACCGGUUCAAGUCUUCUUGUGAGAGCUUCUCUUGAAGAAGUUGGUGAUAAAAAAGCUUAUAUGGGAAACGAUGCUGCUCUGUUUUACUUAAGUUUGGACGGCCGAUUCAACACGCCAGUGAAUUUGCAAAAGAGUAAUCAGCUACACGAUGUUGCAUGGAGCCCCACAGAUGAACACUUGUUCAUAGCCGUAUUUGACUUUUCCCCUGCGAAAGUCAUGGCUUUUGGAAAAAACUGCGUUCCUUUGUUUUCCUUUGAGUCUUCUGCAUUUCGAAAUAGUGUUAUGUUUAGUAAACACGGAAAUCUGGUGUGCCUUGCAGGGUUUGGCAAUCUGAGGGGGACAAUGGAAUUUUGGGAUGUCUCUCGUCGGCUAUUGGUUUCGCGCUUUGUCGCCGAGGACACAACCGCUUUCUAUUGGUUUCCUGACAGCGAGCACGUGCUUACGUCCACAACUAGUCCUCGACUUCGUACUGACAAUCAGUUUAAAAUCUGGCACUACAGCGGGCAGCUUCUUUGGUGUGUUCCUUUUGAUCAACUGCUAGAGGUUUGUUGUGAACCAGCAAAGGUUGGAACUUUUCCUUUGAAACCAACCAUUCCAGUUCAAGAUAAUACGAAGGCCGUCAAAAAAGUGAGCGCCUUUCGCCCUUCUGUACUUGCAGCCUCCCCCGAUUUUAUAAAUCAGACAUACAGUCUAAACGGUCUGGAAAGACUGGAAGCAAGCUUAAAACCUUGUAAGCAAGUGCGGAGAGUCCCUGGUUUUACUGAACCUUCUUCGACGAAAAGUAAACCUAAGAAGAAGGAAAAAGUUACGUUAUAUCCUCUCAUUACAGCGAAGAAUAAUGCUGAAGAUGUAUCGGAAAGUUGGCCUCGCAGUAUUACUACUACAAAUAAAGUAAACUUAAAAGACGACCCGCAGAAACUACUCAAAAAUCUUAGAAAGAAGCAUCGGGAAAUAGUAGUUUUAAAAGAUAAGCAGCUCCAUGGUGCUGCGUUAAAUCCUGAUCAAGUUGCUAAAGUGUCUUCAGAAAGUAAAGUGCUUGAGGAAAUUACACGCCUGGAAAAUACUUUUAAUGUUGUACAACUUUAAUAAAAUGUCGGGCU